AUGUGUAGCUUGCAAAGUUCAACAAUGAGGAACCAUGCAAUGGGUGAUGGAGGAGAUAAAGAUAAUGGUAGGAGCAACAGUUUCUCUGUGCUUGUCGUGGAUGAUGAUACUGUCGUUCGAAUGGUCCAUAGGAUGCUCAUGACAAGUAUAGGACUGGAAGUGCAAGAAGUCAAAAACGGAAAAGAAGCUGUUGAUCUUCAUCAUGCUGGGGCUUCUUUUGAUCUUAUUUUAAUGGACAUGGAAAUGCCCAUCAUGAAUGGCCCUGCGGCGACAAGGGAGCUUCGAGCGAUGGGUGUCAAGAGCAAUAUUGUUGGCGUCACCUCUCGCACUUCUGAGUCUGUGCACAAAGAUUUCAUGGAAGCAGGCCUGAAUCAUUGUGUUGCGAAGCCAUUGACUAUAGAGAAGAUCGACUCUUUCCUCCCGGAUUCCAACAACAAUUAA